GGUAAACAACAUGGCGGUCGCAUACAUACGUGGAUAGCGUUUUUUCCCAGAUAUUUUUCUGUUUCCCUGGAAAUUUUUUAAAGUAUCCUUUAGGCAAGAUGUACAUGCUGUAAAAAACUCCAUAUUAUUGCCAUGAGCUGGUUUGAUCCUUCGGGGUUUUCAUCUUUCGCUAAAACAGCUUUAUCUCAAGCACAAAAAUCCAUCGACAGGGUUUUGGAUAUCGAACAAGAUGAAACAAACAGUGCCGCUUCAAAAUCUUCGGCCUCAAGUGCACCAAAGUCUUCCCCAUCAUUGUCCUCAGGCACGUCUUCAAAGGAUAAUUUAACACGUAAAAAAUCAUCUUCUGCUUUAUCUGGGCAUUCUGCCUCAAAAUCAGCAAGGAAAACAUCUUCAGAUGUGGACAAUUCAAAGGAUGGUGAAAGUGAUGGGAAUUCAUUUUGGUCAUCCUUCCUUGGCGAUUCCUUUUCCUCAGCUGCAACAGAAUCCAAAACAUCAAAUCGUAGAGCUAGUGGACAGAAACUUGGUUCCCGAAUAAGUGGUGGAAAAAUGAAAAACAGUGUUGACAGACAGGACAGUGAGGAUGCUAAAAUAUUGAAAGAUGAAGACAAUUUGCCAAGAGCAUUAAAACAUCAGAGUAAGAAGAACAGUGUGACUGACACUAGUACAAGAUCAAGUGAGCAAUCCCAAGCACCCCAGACUUCAUUACCUGUGAGGGAAGAUUUGGCAAAUGUUGGGUGGGACAUUUCUGAACCGGAUAAAAAUAGCACUGUGGCUGUCAAUUUUCAAGAGGCUAAGGAACUUACAGAAAGUCCUGGAAAGGGAGAGUUGAAUACACACAAGUCACCUGUUAUGCCUGCUCUAAGAGGGAGCAAAUUGAAAUCACAGCAAUCAAAACGUUCAUCUACCAGUAAGAGUAGAAAAGAGAAUAAAGAAGUACUUAGCACUGAAAAUAAUGUGUGCAAGAACAAUAUUGAAAAUGUUGAGCAAGAUGCAUUGAUUGUUGAACAUGACAAAACACCUGAUGAUAAAUCAGAGUCUGUGAAUGAACACCUUAGUACAGAAACUGUGCAGUCUAUUCCACUUCAAAAUAAUACAGAUUCACCUGAUGCAAAUGAGAAUGAACUGGACUAUUCUGAAAAGACAGAUGGUUUUACUAUCUCAGUUGAAACUGGUGAAAAAGCUCCUGAUGUGGAUAGCUCCGACAUUUCUCAGUCAUUGCUUAAAAAUUCAACAGGAAACAAUGUUGUGGGAGAAAUUAAACAUGAGGAAGCUGUACAAAAUCUACAAGAAAGUGUUAAACCUGUGGCUAGUUCAACACCAAAACACUAUGCUAAGGAGCAGAAAUUCACAUCACUAGGUACAGCAAUGAAACCUGAAAUGGAACCUACUGAUGAACACGAAGAAGCUUCAAAUGACAAGGGAGACCUACAAGCAUAUUCAUGUAAUCCAGAAUCUCCAAUUCCGCAGAGCAAAGAAAGCAACACAUUGUCAGAAAAUGUAGUAGAAUUGUUUGCAGAAGCUGCAUCUGUUGUUCAAGAUAAAAGAUUGUUGGAGGACAAAUCACAACAGGAAGUUCAAGAACAUACUUGCAUACAUCCUGAAACAGGAAAGGUGGUCGAUAUGUUGUCAUCACAACAGCCAAGUACAAAUGAUGAUGAAAAAAGGCAAGAGAAGAUGUAUGUGAUGGGAGAUGAUCCUAAUUCUACUGAAAGCACAGAAGACACAAAGAGGAAAAUAGAAGAGCUGCAAAAUGAAAUUUGUAGCCUCAAGCAUGUGAUUGAAGUACGUGAGAAUAAGCUGGUUGAAGUUAGCAAAGAAAAUAUUGACCUUCAAGAAACAUGUGCUGUACUGAGGAGUCAGCUGAAACAAGCUGAAGAUGCAUUUAGGGAAGAGGAUGAGGAAAUUGAGGAAGUGAGAAAAGAGUUCACUGUUCGAGUUGCUGCCACAGAGAAGAAAUUUCAAGCUGCGGCAAAGGAACGGGAUCAGUUAAGGGCACUUUUAGAAGAGACUGAAAAUUCUUUGUCCUCAAAGAAUGAGCAGCAAUCUGAAGAGUUUACAACCCUACUCAAGGAAAAAGAUGAUCAAAUUUCUCAGUUACUAGAAGAAGGUGAAAAAUUGUCUAAACAGCAACUUCAAAGCAACAAUAUUGUCAAGAAACUGAGAAGUAAGGAAAAGGAGAAUGAUGCACUGAUCAAGAAAAAUAGCAAAUUAUUGGAGGAAAUGACAGCUGAAAAUACCAGACUGACUGAAAUCCUGAAGGUUAAGGAAGAAACAGAGAGAAAACAAGCAGAUGCCAUAACGCAACUCAAUAGCUAUGUUGAAAAGCAAGACACACAAGUUAGCAAACUGAAGUCUGAAUUAGAUGAUUCAGCGGAGAAGAUUAGAAGUAUGCAAGCUGCACUGGACAAUGCUUACAAGCAAUUGGCAGACCUACACAAAGAAAAUGCUUCUAAAGAUAGCGCAGUACAGGAAGCUGCUCUCAGUGCUGAAAUGACUGCAAAGGAAGGUCUACGGAUUGCAAUGGAGAAAAAAGAAAGACAGUUUAAGAGUGAAACGGAGGCAUUAGAAUUCCAGAUCAGUGACCUUCAAACUGGACUGCGUCGGGCUGAACAGCAGGCCAGUAGAAGAGAAGACAAUCUACGUCAAGAAAUAAGUGAUCUACAACAGAGGUUACAGGAAGCAGAAGCUCGUAACCAGGAACUCACUGAAAGUGUCUCUUACGCAACAAGACCACUAUUAAGGCAGAUUGAGAACCUACAGAGCAGCUAUGGAAAUCACACGCAAACUUGGGAAAGAGUGGAGAGGAAUUUAACGGAGAGGCUUAAUGAGGCUCAGGUUCAACUAGCCGAGGCCCAGGAAAAGGAGCGCGUAGCCACAGAACAUGCGCUGGAGUUGAACUCCCGCUUGACAGCUGUGGAGUCACAGCUGGCGACAUACCGACAAGACAAGUCACGACUGGAGGCUACAUUGGAGAUGGAACGAACGAGACUGGAAACUGCUGAGGAAGCGAGAAGCAGGGAAACUGCUAAGAUAGAGGCAUUGGAGAUUAAAUACAGAAAAAUGAUGGAGGAUAACAACUUGGAGAAGGCUUUACUUGAACAACAACUCGCCGUAGAGAAAGGCAAAAUGGAAACAGAAAAGAAGAAGUUUCAACACGCCAUGGAAGAGAAAGAGAGAAGUUUACUUCGACAAUCUAGUAUUUCAGGAGCACCUCCCUCUCCCACGGCCAGGGACGACUCUUCGCAGGACGAAAAUCCCGUUACCUCCCCUCACAGGCCACGACAGGGUAGCACCAGUAGUGUUAUUGAUGGCAUAUCGAGGGGAAUCAUGGGAGCUGGCACCGCCAUGGUCGAGAGACUGCAGGCUCAGGUCAAACAAAAAGAUGGCGAAAUUCUACUUUUACAGGAAGAGAUAACUACGCUACAAAAAACACGCGAUGCCGUCACAGAAGAACUAGCGACACUCACUUCGAAAAUGGAGAGUCUGGAGGAAGAUAGUAGACUUUUAGCUGACCUACAAACACGAUACAAGGAGCUUGAACAACGUCAUAACGCCGUGCUUCAAAUGUACGGUGAGAAAGCUGAGCAGGCUGAAGAACUGAAAAUGGACUUGGAAGAUGUCAAAUCCAUGUAUAAACAACAGAUUCAGGAACUCCUGGGAGCCGCAAGAUGACACCAGCGUAGAGAUGAAGAAGAUUAUUUGCGAUCAGUCCAUUCUGUCGAAGACGAAAAAUUACAUCUAAAGAGCGUUUAUUUGGACUCAUUAUGGACUGAGAAUGAUUGGGAUAGUGUGGCCAUUCGGCCUUAAUCGUUUUAAUUACCACUCUUAUUCGUCGAUUAAUUUGAAGCUUCAACAUCCCCCCCAGGCAACCCCCUGCGCAUUUGAACUUUUGAAGAUUGGUUUGUCUAAAUCCUCUCCCCCGGGGGCAAAAAUUGAGUUCAAAUCCUCCACUCCCUUUCCUUUUUUUGUUAAAAGUUAAAUCAGGGACAGUGACUUUCUACACAUUGACCAAGCUUUAUGACUGAGACCUUGUAGACUUUUCAUUUUGGGGUAUUCGAUUGCGAAAGUGAACUUCGGUAUUUAACACUUUAAAACGCCUUCAUAUUUAAAAGAUAUAAGACUUGUAUUCCGCUAGAGAGACUGGAUACUUUAGGUUCAAUUU